AGCUUUAUUAGUGUCUCAAUGAAUGAACUAGGAAUGGAACAUUACAUGGAAUUUUCACCACAGAAAAUGGCAGAAGGAUCAAAUGAAGCUGAUGGAGAGUCCAAAAAACAGGGAUUUACCUUCAGUGCCACUCCCACCCUGGAAGAUAUCCGAGAGUCAAUGUGCCGAUUCCGGGAUGAGCGAAACUGGGGUCAAUACCACACUCCCCGCAAUGUUCUCCUUGCACUUGUUGGGGAGGUUGGGGAAUUGGCUGAGCUUUUCCAAUGGCGAGGAGAGGUGAAGGAGGGCCUGGUGGAUUUCUCGGCACGGGACAAGGAACGCGUGGGAGAGGAGAUGAGCGACAUCCUCAUCUACUUGGUGAUGCUGGCCGACCGGUGCCGCAUCGAUCUCCCCAAGGCCAUCACCGAGAAGAUGAAUCUCAACGCUCUCAAGUACCCACGCGACAAGGUGAAAGGCGACAGUCGCAAGUACAACGAAUACCCAUCCUGAUCCGCUCUUUCUCAUUCUACGAAUGAAGUCUUUCCUGCGAAACGCAAAGUGUUCGUUUUGAUUUAACCGAGCCGACUCGACACCAUGGUGAGUUUUGGAGUGGUACUUCGCAGUUUGCAAUCCCGCCACCUAUUUUUGCAUGCGAUCGAAAUUGAUGACUGGAUUAGGAAAAACCUUGAAACUCCAUGC